AUGUCGACCGAACAAAGUGACCAUGAGGGGGCUUAUUUGUCCCUGAUGAAAGGCUUGAAAGAGCUGGACUUCCGUGGUUCUUCUGUUCCCGGUGCCCUGCUGCUGACAGGAGAACAUGCAUUUCCUUUGGUAAUGAACAGCCAAGGCCAUGUCCUGGUGGCUGCCUCCAAGUAUGGCUCUGGAAGAAUUGUGGUCCUGGGACAUGAGGAGUACUUGACAAAGUUUGCGACUCUGGUAGAAAAUGCUCUGAUUUGGCUGAGAGGAGAUGGUUCGCGCAACACGUCUGUGGGGGUCAACAACAGCGUUAAAGCAGUUGCUGAUAAUCUCAGCAAAUCCCGCUUCCAAACUAAAAUUGUGGGUGCAUUCCAUAAGAAUCUGGAUGUUGGUGUGUUUGUAACAGACACCUACAGCCUUAAUAAAAAUGAGAAGGACCUGGUGGCAUUUCUGAAAAAUGGUGGUGGAGUGUUGAUUGGAGGGCAAGCAUGGCAUUGGGCUGCAAACCACCCCAAGGAGAACAUGCUGCUUCGCUUUGGAGGAAAUAAAGUUUCUGCUGUGUCUGGGAUAUAUUUCUCUGAACAUCCAGCUGAAGAUGAACUGUUGCCAGUUUAUCCUCAGAUUCCAGCCUCAUGGAUGCGUGUGGUACUGGGAAAGGAAGUUGAGGUGGAUCUGGAGUUCCUACUUCAAGGCAUAUCUGAGUUUGAUAUCACGGGUGGUGCGCUGGCUUCUGAGAUUCUAGUUCACGGACGGCUCGCCUUCCCUAUUGGAAUGACCGAAGACAAACGGCCAUUCCUGGCAGCCACCUAUUAUGGACUUGGACGUGUUGUUGUUGUGAGUCAUGAAGGAUUUCUUGGACGAAAGGAACUCUCUGCAUUUUGGACCAAUGCUAUCCACUGGUUGGAUGACGGCCGAAGAGGCACUGUUGGCGUUCUGCAACAUAACGCCCUCGACAUUCUAAAAAAAUCUGGGUUGAAGUGUGAAAAGAGUGAUUUCAGGAAAGACCUGAGUGUGUUUGUGUGUUCAGCUUACAGUGACAAACACAUGCAUGAGAUUCAAAAUUUUGUGGCAGAAGGAGGAGGCCUUCUGAUUGGUGGCCAUGCUUGGUGGUGGGCACAGUCACACAAUGGUCAAAAUCCAUUGACAGAUUUUGCAGGGAACAAGAUCCUGAACAAAAUGGGCUUGAGCAUUUUGCGUGAAACCAUACAGGGAGGUCACUAUAAAGCCCCUGUGCCAAGACAGAUUAGCAAAGACAACUACCACUUCCAACAUCUUCUACAGCGCUUUGCUGCUCAUGUAACUGAAGGAGAAGAUCUUACCAAACAUGAGGAACAAUGCCUUAAAAAACUUGGAAAGGACUGUGCCACGUUUCUAAAAAUGGACGCUCAUGACCGUUGUUCAUACGCGCAAGUCCUGUCCACCCUUACACACAUCCUCGAGAAAUCAGGCAUUCCUCAGGUAUGUGAUACCUGCCCAGUGAAAAGUCCCAAAGACCAUCUCCUACUCAAAGUGGGCACAGAGGUGUAUAAGGUUUGCCCUGAUCCUGACAGGCUGCUGCCUUACCUCAUCAAGCAGAACCCUGUGUUACCUGUUGUAUAUAAUCAUAGGAUUCCGGUAAACAUAAGCACGGCAGAUCAUGAAGAGUGGAUCAGUACUGGUCUCUACCUCUCUCAUGGUAUGAGGACCUACAUAGCAAUGCCUCCGCAGAUUGUGAAGAAGGGAUGGAAGGUCCAAAUAGGUUGCCAAACAGACUACCUUAAGCAUGCCGAAUUGAAGAGAGCCCCUAGUGUUCAUGAGCGAUUUCCCAUUGACACUGAAAUGAUGCAGGUUUGGAACUUGUGGGGAGGUCUCAUCUACUUAGUGGCCCCACCUAAAACUCAAGUCAGAGGGGUUGAGAUCAUAGUGCAGAUAGCUGUGCCAGCACCCUAUUAUAAAUCUGGUGUGACAAAACUGGCUGAUUGGGCUGUGCUGCGAACAGCUCCUUCCCCUUGGGCAGAGUUGGAGUUUGAAAAUAUCGUACUCACUGUACCGUCAGAUGUCAUCAGGGAACUGGAUAGACCAGAUACGCUGGCAGCACUUUGGGACGCAAUCAUGAGAAGCAUUGCUGAUCUGGCUGCCAAACCACACAAAUUUCCUCGCAAAGAACGCUUUGUAGCAGAUGUGCAGAUUUCAAACGGCUGGAUGCACUCGGGAUACCCCAUCAUGAUGCACAAGGCCUCGGCCACUGAAGUGGUCAAAAUUGAAAAUAUCAAGUCUAAAGGCAUGUGGGGACCAAUCCACGAGCUUGGACACAACCAGCAGAGAGAUUGCUGGGAAUUUCGGCCACAUACCACAGAGUGCACAUGCAAUCUUUGGUCAGUAUACAUACAUGAGGAAGUGUUAGGAAUCAACAGGGAAAAGGCUCAUGGAGCUGUCAGUUCUGAAAAAAGAAAGAGUCGAUUGGAGGAAUUUGUGAAAGGGGGCAGGCAACUCAGCAAGUGGGAGGUGUGGGUCGCUCUUGAAACAUACCUGCAGCUCCAGGAAAGAUUUGGCUGGGAUGCCUUCAAGAAGGUGUUUGCGGCCUACCACAAAAUAAGCAAUUAUCCAAAGGACAACAAUGGAAAGAUGAACCUAUACGCAGAGACAUUCUCCAAAAUUGUUGGACUGAACCUGUGUGGAUUCUUUAAGGCCUGGAGCUGGCCAAUAGAGAAGGCUACUGAGAAGACACUGUCCAACCUUCCUACCUGGGCGGACCACCCAAUGGUCCGGUUUGGUUUAAGGGUUUUGCCUCUGGAUUGA